CCGAGAGAAUGAUCACUAUGAAGGCCACUGAAAACAUGGGUCUUUUCAUCAUACCACUUGCGCUCUGGGUAUGCCUGGUGGAAGGAGGAUCUUUCCGUACUUGGAUUGUUGGGGGAAGGGAGGCUGCUCCCAAUUCUCACCCAUACAUUGCCUCUCUUCAGUUUAGAAGACAGCAUUUCUGUGGGGGAUCACUCAUUGCCCAGCAGUUUGUAAUGACAGCAGCCCAUUGCAUGUCAGAUAUAAACCCAAAUCAGGUGACAGUCAUAUUAGGGGCUCAUUCUCUUUCCAGGAACGAAGCCUCCAGGCAAACUUUUAGAAUUUCACGAGUCUUUGAAAACGGCUUCAAUCCACAGACACUGGAAAAUGAUAUCCUUAUAUUACAGCUUGAUAGAAAUGUAGCUCUGAACUCCAGAGUUAAUUUGGUUAGUCUACCUCGAGUGAAUGAGACAGUCCCAGCUGGAACCCAAUGUAUGACUUCAGGAUGGGGGCGAUUGGGAACACAGGCAAGAGCUCCAAACAGUCUUCAAGAACUCAAUGUCACAGUGACUGCAAGAGAUCAAUGUCGCCCCAACAAUAUAUGCACCGGAGUAUUUAUGCGUCAGGCUGGCAUAUGCUUUGGAGACUCUGGAGGUCCUCUCGUGUGCAAUGGGGUCAUUCAAGGUAUUUCUUCCUUCAUAAUCCGGAGCUGUGGAAGUGGGGUAGCUCCUGAUUUCUUCUCCCGGGUUGCCAAUUUCCGAGACUUUAUUGAUAGAUCUAUCAACAGCUGACGAUGCAGAAAGCUGUCUUCUUCACCCAUAAGUAACUUCAUCUGUUAGAUCAUCGGCUUUAACCCCUUCAUAGAGCAUUGCAUAGUUUAUAUAAUUUGACCUAAUGACAAUGUGAACAUGUAACUGAUAUAAAGAAAAUAAAGAUUUCUGUUGCAGUGCU